CCCGAUUUCCUAUUUCUCUAAUCUAGCAGCAAGCAGCCAAGAUGGACAUUGUAAACCAGUUAGUUGCUAACGGACAAUUCAGGGUGCUGAAAGUGCCUCUGGGCUUCAUCAAAGCCCUGGAAUGGGUGUUUGCCAUCUUCGCAUUUUCCACCUGUGGGACUUACUCAGGCUCCUUUCGCAUGCGUGUGGAGUGCAAAAACAGAUCAGAGAGCAACCCAAGAAUAAAUGUAGACUUUGAAUACCCAUUCAGGCUCCAUCAAGUCUAUUUUGAUGCUCCAUCCUGCAAGGGAAUUCAAACGGACCGUAUCUUCCUUGUGGGGGACUACUCCUCCUCUGCCGAGUUCUUCGUCACCAUCGGUGUUUUUGCCUUUCUGUACUCCAUGGCAGCUCUUAGCGUCUAUGUUUUUGCCUUUGAGAAAUACCGUGAAAACAACAAGGGGCCACUGAUUGAUCUUGGUGUGACGUGUGUAUUCACCUUCAUGUGGCUUGUGAGCUCGGCAGCAUGGGCAAAGGGUUUGUCGGACGUGAAGACGGCCACAGACCCAGAGAAGGUGAUUGAACUCAUCCAUGCCUGUGAUCUGGAAGGCAGCAGCUGUGGUGAGGUUCAUGACCCUGUCAUGUCCGGCCUCAACACCUCUGUGGUCUUUGGAUUCUUGAAUCUAAUCUUGUGGGCGGGCAACAUCUGGUUCGUGUUUAAAGAAACGGGUAUUGUUGCUCCUUUCAUGCGCCAACCACCUGCCCAGGAGAAGCAGCCGGCCCCUGACUCUUAUGGUCAGCAGGGCUUUGUGCAGCAGGAGCCAUACUCGGGCUCCCAGGGAGGGUAUCAGCCUGAUUACAGCCAGCAGGGCUACAACCAGGCUGGAGAUUACGGCCAGGGCGGCUACAACCAGCAGGGGGCGCCCACCUCUUUCUCCAACCAGAUGUAAGGAAGGGGUUGUGGAAGAGGUAAAUGGAGGCUGAAAGAGGGUGCUGGUGUGAUCAAGGGAGUGUGGCACCUGAACCCUACCCACACACCCACACUCUUCUUUGUCUGUGUGUUUGUGCAUAUGUCUGUGGACGUAACGAUUGGGGGGAGGGAAUGGGGGCAGGUGAUAAAUACUGAAAGAUGUAGGGCAUAUGAAGGGAUUAUUCUGUGUGCUGUUCAUUAUUGUGAUGUAUAAAUUAAAAUAAAAAGGUAGGUAUGAUCAGAUGAAGAAGCACCAAAAUACAUAAAACAUAUUAAAAAAAAGAUAUAUAAAUCAUUGCUAUAUAAAUUUUAAAUUGAUGAUGUUGAUGAUAGUUAUUCUAAACUUUGAGAGAAUGUAUUUGUCUGUGGUGUAUAAAUAUCAAUAUGAACAAAUAUAUACAAAUAUUUCCUAAAGAUCUGUAUGGGAUUAUUCUACUAUAGUAUAAGUUAUGUUUAGAGAAGUUCACUGAUGACGAUUCUAACUAUGAAAAUGAGCUCUGAACCCACUGGAAAUAGUUCUCUGAGAAUUACUGGUAUGGUACAAGUUACAUAGAUAUUCACUGAAGAAGAAUUUUUAGUUGUUCACCCAUAUCAUUUUCUUUCUGUUUUUGUUCAUUGAGCUGAAAGACAUUUCUGCUGAAAGCAAUAGGCUAUAUGAGACCAAACGCCAAAAUAUGUUGAAACUCAAAACUUGAGAAACUCAAAUCUUGAAGUAUUUUUAAUUUUCUUUCUGACUAAAUUUUGGUUUGUUUUCUUACACCUUUCUCUAAUACGACAAGCAUGUGUGUAAUGAGUUAGCGUGGUUUGAGUAGCCCCUUAAUACUAUGCUUCGUUUACUAUGCCGCUCAAGUGUGUUAGUGCUGUUUCAUGCAAUUGGAGGACUAAUACUAGAUUUUAUUUGUGUAAUGUGGGCACCAGACAGAUAAUCAGUCCUGUGUAUUGAGUUGGUGGUAGUCUAGAUACAUGUGCCAGUUUCAAUUUCCAGUUUAAAUAUUUGACCCUCUUUUUUUUUUUCUACUUUUCCCUCCGUUGUCUCACUUUCUUGCUCUUAAACACACUUAAAUCUCUUUGUAACUUAAUUUUGUCCAAAGGAGUUUGAAACACUGGCUUUGUUUUAGUGUAGUUAUACUGAAAUAUAUUUUCAAAGAUGUGUGUAAAUAUAUGUAUAUGCCAUGCAAAAUCUAAUGAUUUACUCUUUAAUGUUAAACAACAGAUCUAGUCAAAGAUAUAACAUCUGUAUAUGCACUAACUGGACUGAUUAAAGUACUAGGGAACAAAAUAAUGCAAAUGUUUUUUUUUUUAUGAUUUGAUCAUUGUAUCAUGUGGAUGCCAGGAUACACAGGUUUAUCUGCUUGACUAAUCAAUCAAUAUGCAGAAGCCAAUCAUAUCUGGCAUUAUAUGAUCGCGGAAGCUCUUUCGAAAUUGGUUCUAACUGCCAGGAUUGCUGUAGACCAGCCUGCAUUGUCUAUUCAGACUAACUUGUGUGAUUCAAGUAACAAGCAUGAACUUCUUAACCAACAUCAAUGUGCUCAUACAGAAAUGUAUAUGAGCGAUAUAUCUACAUUUUCUUGUAUGGUAUAAGCCUUGAAUUAUGGAUUGUGUAGCUGUAUUAAUCUGUAUGCAAGAAAGAUGAAUAUACACUGUCUAAAGGCUGAGGAACAUCACAGUCAUACUCAGUCCCUUACAAUCAGUGCGUUUAUUUGGCAUUAAUUUGGUAGAUAUUAUUAUGAUGAGCUGCUCUGUAGUUAUGCAUGAUCAUGUGCUCAUAUGUCUAGCUUGAUUAAAUUUAUGACUGGGUCUCAUCUAAUAUUUGCACACUUUUAGUGGUCUAUGGGUGUACGGCAAUUUGAGUAGCUUUUGAGUAAAUCUAGACAGCCUGUGAACCCACAACCUUAGCACCUCUCUCUUGUGUUUUCCUUUUCUUUCUCUCUUAUUCUUCUCUCUUGCGCUCUCUAAUCUAUCCUAUGCCCUUUCUCCCUAAUAAAUAUGCUAUUCAACUACUCCAUUGUUAGUGGUGUUUGGUACGUCUCGUGAAAUUCUCGAUGCCUUUGGGUUGUGUUGUAUUUAUUGUGUAUAAUAUAUUCUUAGCGUUCAAAUGAUGUUGAUGACAGUGAAUAUGACCAUGCUGAAAAAUCACCAAAAUGAUCCAUAAAUUCUGUUGUAUUGUUCUAUGGAAUCCAUGAAGGAAAAUUCAAUAAAGAAUAAGUUAUCCUGUUGAAAACAAAUGUCUUAAUUCUUGUCUAAAU